AUGCCACCAUCUAGUCCAAUGGAAGAACAGGAUUUCCUGGUCCGACUAGUCAAGAGAAUUGAAGAAGAACCGUCUCUGUAUAAACUAGAAGACCACAACUACAGCAACGACAACGUGAGACAUCAGGCCUUUCUCCGGAUUAAGGAGAGAUUAAUAGACGAUGGCAUUAGUGAAGAACAAGGUAGGAGAUGCUCUUCAACAUUGUUUUACUUCUUUUGGGCUGUCAAACGUGUAUGGGAUCCAAAAGGGCUGGUUUUUAAAUUUGGGGGAAUAUACUUUAGGUAUAUAAGGUUUAUGAUGUUAAUAUUGAGACUUGAAAGCAAUAAAAGAAAUUAAAAUUGUUAUAUACACCUCAACAAGACUCAUAUCCAUCUCUACUUUUAAUAAAUUUAGUUAUUUUUACCAAUUUUCGACCAAAACAAAUGUUUUUCCAGCCGCUUCAAAAAGAAUUGGUCAUUUUUGAUAGCGUUUCUUUGAUAAUUUCGUCAAUUCUUUUUGACGCGCGAGGAAAAAUUUAUUUAUUUUUGGUCGACAUCAAUGGAAAUUAAAUUUUUUAGUUUGAUAUAUGAAAGAAGUUUUGUCAAGGUAUAUACAUUAGUUUUAGUCCAGUUUAGCCAGUAAAAUAACAAAUUUUAUGAAAGAAACGGAAUUAGCCGCGCUGUUGGCCGAAGACUAAUCCAAUACAAGCUAUCUCAAUGUUUUUUUGAACAUUUUCUUUAACUUUUAGACUUAAUUUUUAGUCUAGAAGUAUAAAAUACACAUUACAAGCUUUUUAAUAUUAAUUUUCAACUUAUUUCAGCCUCGGUCGUAAUAAUCAGAGACAAGUUUCGAAUCCUGAAGCGACGCUUCAGUUCGGAACAUCGACGAAAAGGUUCCAAAAGCCAGUGGCCUUUUUACCAACACCUGAAAUUCUUGAUUCCUUGUGUGGAGCAUGCUUAUGAACAGGAAGCCAUGAGGAAUGUGGAGAAACGAAAGGUAAGGAUAUUAUCAUGGAUAAUAUAAUGGUCAGCUCUGGGUUUUGGGUGUAUCUUUUUUAGUUUGUGUGGGAUUGAUGUGAGAUUUUGCAAGUUGAAAUUAGGGUAAAUUAUGUAGAUUAUGUUGAAGAGAUUUUGAAUUUUAAGUUGGUAUAGCAUAAGUUAUGGCAAUUUGAACUUUUAGCCGAGAAUAUUUGGGCGCACAGUGCAAACUUUAAUUUUUAGGUAACAAAUCGUUUGCUUUUUGAAAAAUUGUUUUUAGCAAAGGAUUACUGAUAGUUUAAAGCAUAUUAUAGUAAACUUUCAGCUAGUUUGGACGAUUAUUUACUGAGUUACAUCAAAAUUACUUUAGUUAUUCACCUGGCUAUACCUCUAAAAGCCAAAACCUCAUUUUUUUGAAGCGCUAGCCGUGUUAUUCACAGCUUUAUUUCAAUAUCUUAUAAAAUAUUACAUUUUUAGGUUAUUGUGGUAUUAAAAAACUGAGGAUAAAUAUAUUGGCCAGUAGUUUACACGUCUAAAACAUUACUUUCGGGCCGUUUUUGAGCUUAGCUACGAGGUUGCCUAGAGACGAUUAAACCGGCCUAAUUUAUGACCUAAAAUUUUCUCAAAAUUGUAGUCGAAAGCCGGCUUUUACUGUUUUAUUUUGUUGUAAUUUGCCGUUUUGAGCAGGGCGUGGGUAUUUGAGAGUUCGAGGGCUUUAGGUAAUGGUAUUUAGGUAUAGGGCGGGUUAAAUGCUAUUUUUAAACGUUGGUGUUUUUGCUAGACGGCUGAAAUUUUGUAUGAAGGUGAAAAAUAGUCUUGUUGUUACCUAAAAAUUUUUAAAAUUUAAUUUUUUUGUUUCAAAAAUUUUUUAUUUUAAAAAAUGCUCAUUUUUUCGAAAUUUUGGCCUUUUCUUACGUAAAAACUGCUAUUUUUUAUUAUUUUUUUUGUUUUUAGUGGUCAAUGGCUUCCUCAACCCCAAGAACAUCUCCAGAAGAGAACGAUGAUUCGUCUUCAGUAUCAGUCAAGGAAACGAUAGAACAGACCUUGAACUUGCCCAGAUCCGUCACUCGAAGAGGUGUCAAUCCUUUCAAUAAGGAAGAGGAGAAAGUUGUCUUCAAUGCUGAUCUACACACAUGGCUAAGGACACAUACAUGUUGUGGUGUCAAGACGAGGCAGUUUUAUGAUCAGAUCAUUGAGGCUGUCACUAUGAAGGUAGGUACUGUUGUAUUAGAUAUUGUGAUAGGUUUUGAAGUUAAGUUUUGGCUCUAAAAGUUUGUAAUUGACUACAUAUUAUGUUUAAGCUUUUCAUUUUUGAUUUAAAACCAUUUUUAAUUGUGUUUUGGAGUUAAAAAUGUUUCAAACAGGGUCUAUAUUAACUAAAAUCAUAUUUUGUUUCCUAAACUAUAAAAAGUUAUGUUUUGUUACCUAAAAUAAAAGAAAUUAGUAUUUUGUACCUAUAUGACUAGUUAAAACACUUAAAACCUUGAAAACUCAUUUUUGUUACCUAAAGUAUUGAAACAUUGUAUUUGGUUACCUAAAAUCAAAAAAUAAGGUUUUAUAAACCUAGAUGCCUAUUUGAAUACCUAAAGUAUAAAAAAAAAAGUUUUUUUGCUUAAAAUGUAAAAAAGUCAUAUUUUGUUACCUAAAUUUAAAAACUAAUGUCUUAUGUACCUAUAUGAAGGAUUUGAAAAAGUCUUAUCGUUUCUUAACGUAACAAUCAAUGAAAAUGUACGACAUGACUUUUUCGAAUACCUAAAGUAUGAAAAACUUGAUUUUGUUGCUUAAAGACCAAAAAAAAGUCAUUUUGUUACCUAAAAUAUAACAAAUAUUAAUCUUGUUACCUAAAUUAUAAACUGAUUUUGUUACCUAAACUAUUUAAAAAAUUAUUUUUGUUACCUAAAGACAAAAAAAAAGUUAUUUUGUUACCUAAACUAUGAAAAGCUUGAUUUUCAGAACCAAGACAUUCCAUUCCCAGCCAACCUCGAACGUGAAUACACGGUCUAUGCCGAGAAGUACGAAGUGAUGAAAGAUGAGGAUGAAAACUAUGUUGUGUAUAGGAAAGGCAAGAAGGUGGUGCACGAAUUCGAGUUGUUCGAUAUUCUCUACGAAACUCAUCAGAAAACGGCACACUCAAGGAGGGAUGUCAUGUUCAAGAAGCUGAAUGAGAAGUACGAUGGCAUCAGCAAGUAAGUACUUUUGUUGUAAAGGUAGGGUAGAGUAAGGCCUGGUAGGGGUAGGUAAUGAAGGGUAGGGUAUAUUAAGAUAACUAGAAAAUAGUGGCAGGGAUAAAAAAUUUUUGGGGGUUGAGAAUUUUUAAAAAUUUAUUUUUGGGGGUGGAUUUUUAUUUAAAAUUGAAGAAAUUUUCAAUUUUCAGAAACCUAGUGAUCAUGUUCCUAAAAACCUGUCGAUACUGUGAACUAAAUGGCAUCGGCAUCCCCAGAGAACGGUCGAAUCAAAUCAAACGAAAUGGAUCAACCUCCCCACCCAACAACUACCUAUUAGACAUCAUGAGAGGAGCGGAUGAAAAUCAACUAGGCGAAGCACAAGAAGAAGAGGAUGAGGAAGAUUUUGGGCCAUCUAAGGAUAGCAAUCCCUUAUCAAUAUUCCUAAAGGCGUGUGAUCAAAGCAUCAUGAGCUACUGUGAUAGCCCAAAAACGGAUUCAAACUUGAGUAAUGAAGACAAAAGUGAAUUUGGAGAGGUUGUGGCAUUGGCGGCUUAUCAGUUGAGACGUAAGUAAUGUUUAUAAUUAAAAUUUUUUUUUGAAAUUUUGAAAAAUUUUGAUUUUUUUUGUUGUUCCAAAGUGAAGUAUUUGGGGGAAUCUUUUUUUUUGUGUUUUUUAAAGUCAUUUCAACGAUAUUUUAAUCAAAAACAAAAUUUUUACAAUUUCCAAUAUUUUUGUUACCAAAAUUAUAAAAGUUUGAAAAAAUUGACCGGUUGAACACAAAAAACGGUAAAAAACUAUGUUAUGAGCCUACUUUAAGGUUACCCUCAAAGGCCAAUCGUUUCCUGGAAGAAAAUAAAGCGAAGAGCGAGUGUGCCCGGUUAGCUCAGUCGGUAGAGCACCAGACUCUUAAUCUGGCUGUCGCGGGUUCGAGCCCCGCAUCGGGCUAAGGCUCUUUUUGCUGUUUUUGAUGGGGAAAUGCUUGGAAAUGAGGUUUUAAAGGGUUUUAUGUUGUUUUAAAUUGAUUUUGGGAUAUUUAUAAUUUAGUGUUUUUUAUUUUUUGGAUUCUUUUGUUAUAUUUUGGCAUGAUUUUAGUAAAAAAAGUGAAAAAUUGGGCGCUAGGACAAAUGCGGUUUUUGGACAUUUGCGGAUCUGCGGUUUUUAGACACUUGCAGAUUUUCGGUUUUUGGACACAUGCGGAUUUUGGACAUUUGCGGAUUUUUUAAAGGGUUUUUUUUUACUUUUUAAUUUAGCUGUAUUUAGUAUGGUACUAAAUGGUACUAAAGUUUAAAUUGGCACUGUCUUAAUAUUUCUUAAUGUUAAAUAGUACAGGGUGUCCCAAGAAAAACGAAAAAAACUAAAACGUUAUAUUUUGGUUGAGAAAAAUGCUAAAAAUGCCAAACUUGGCAUUGUCAAAGAUUGGCACAUGCGGUUUUUUGUCCCAAAAUUUCAGAUUUUUCAAGUGCAUACUAAGGGCACUAUGAUUUUUCAAAAAAUAGUCAUUUUCCCCCGAAUUACACAUGUUUUCAGUUGGAAAUGCUUUUUUUGGUAAAAAUUAAGUUUUUGACAACUUUUUGGUUGAAAAUGACAUUUUUGACAAAGUUUUUGAUUUUCAAUCGUCGGCGGAGAAUCGGCGGACGCUUAAAAUUAUCGGGGCAGGGCAUAACUCGCUUGAAAAUAACGUAAAGACAUGAAACAAAAAUUAUUAGUUUUAGAAUUAUCAAGGCUAUCUUGACUGAUGCUGAGCUAAUCUAAAAAAUAGCUUUAACAUAAAAAUAUGCAAAAAAAGUUUAAAGAAAACAUAAGGUUCAAAAAUUUUUAUAAUUUUCCAGGAAAUUGUACGUAUGUUCAAAAAUUAUGAAAAAACAAAUGUUCUUUUACGUUUAAACAGCAAAAAUAUCAUGUUUUUGAUUUUUUUGUUGUUAAACGAAGUAAAAGGAGAAAUACGUUAAAAUUUUCAAGUUAUUUGUGCAAUUUACAAAAUAAACUUAAAAAUCCGUUUUCCAUGUUAACUUACGUUGUCUUUUAUAAGUUACUGUCUUUUAACUACUUGAACUUUAAGCUCAGCAUCAGUCAAGAUAGCCUUGAUAAUUCUAAAACUAAUAAUUUUUGUUUCAUGUCUUUACGUUAUGUUUCAAGCGAUUUAUGCCCUGCGCCGAUAAAUUUAAGCGUCCGCCGAUUCUCCGCCGAUACUCCGCCGACGAUUGAAAAUCAAAAACUUUGUCAAAAAUGUCAUUUUCAACCAAAAAGUUGUCAAAAACAGAAAAUUUUACCAAAAAAAGGAUUUCCAACUGAAAACAUGUGUAAUUCGGGGGAAAAUGACUAUUUUUUGAAAAAUCAUAGUGCCCUUAGUAUGCACUUGAAAAAUCUGAAAUUUUGGGACAAAAAACCGCAUGUGCCAAUCUUUGACAGUGCCAAGUUUGACAUUUUUAGCGUUUUUCUUAACCAAAAUAUAACGUUUUUGUUUUUUUUCGUUUUUCUUGGGACACCCUGUACUAAAUUUUUAAUCGGUACUGUUUUUAUAUUUUUGGUACUAUAUAGUACUAAAAGCCCAAAAAGGUACUGUUAUGUUAAAACCGUACCAAUUCAAACUUUAGUACAAUUUAGUACCAUAAUACAACUAAAUUAGCUAAAAAAUAAAAAAACCUUUAAAAAAUCCGCAAAUGUCUAAAACCCGCAAGUGUCCAAAAACCGCAGAUCCGCAAAUGUCUAAAAACCGCAUUUGUCCUAGCCCCAAAAAUUGAUGCUUUUGAAGAGGAUUUUUGACGUUUUAUGAGAAAAUAAAAGUUUUAUGACUUGUAAAAUCAUUUUAAAGUAACAAAAAUAGAAUAUCCUUUUACCGCAGCAUUAUAAAAAUGAUAUUUCAGAGACAUAUCUAUUGUUACGGGUAGUAAACGAACAGAGAAUGGUGAUAUGUAAAGUUAACGACGAAGACUAUUUUCCUUCGAUGAAAGUUGAACACACAGCUUCGGACAGAGUAAAUUGGACCCCAGGACAGAUUAUCAAGGCCUUGUAAGUUAUUUUGAACGUUUUUUUUAAAUAUUUUGAAAUUAAAAAAAAUUUUAAAUUUUUUUUUGAAAUUUAUUAUGCCGAAGGGUUAUAAAAACGUUUUUAAGGUUAUUAAAUAUAAUUUUUGAACUAAGUCAAUCAGAAUAUUAAAUUUUGUAAAAAAUUUUUUUUUGAAAUUUAGGUAACGUUUUUUAUAUUUUAGCUUCGGCUUCGAACAAACCAAGACAGAAUGUGUAGUAGAAGCCGUCGGCUCUUUAGAAUCAGUCCAAGACGCCUUCUUCCAAGCCAAACAGAAGCAAAAUCCGACUGACAAUGCUCAAACAAUCGAUAAUCCACCAGAAAAACGACUAAAGCUGAACCAAAAUGGUACCAAAAUAGCCACAAGUGACAUGAGGAAUAUCCAAAAUCGAUUCGAAGAGAUGGAGGAGAGGAUACGAUUCCUAGAACAACAGGUAUUCACUCAGCAGCCGUCUUCAAAUGUACCUAAAAUCGAUUUCAUGGGAACGGGUCUCUGA